AUGCCCAAGAAACACGCGCCACCAUACACGCAGACCAAACCGUCAAACUCCUACGUUCACCCCUCUUUGCAAAGCUCGCGACCCUCGACCUCUGCCUCCCCGACGCCGCAGACGGUCAACCAGCGCAUCCAACAGCUCCGCCGCGAACAGACACCGCGAGCUACAUCAGAGAGGAGGGAUGAAGUGACAGAAUUGGUUAGGAACCGUUCCGUCCCGCCGCAAUUGCGGCAGAUAUUGCAGAUACCAGAGGUUAACGCUCCCCUUCCCAAGGCAGGUGUUCGUGCGAGACCAGUCCCCCGAGCAAGACGGCCCCCUCCUGGCCCAGCUGCGCCGAGUAGCUGGCUGUCACACAGCCGCCAUACUCCGGCUCAUGCAAGAAACCGGAGGUUGGUAGAGGAAGGUGGGAGUGAAAGGCUCUAUGAGCAGUUUUGCGCCCUGGCUCGGUUGAACGAUGUGGAAUACAGGCGUCUCCCCCCACGGCCGAGCCUAGUCCAUGCAUGCCUGAGGACGUUCGCGACGCAUUGGGAGCACUUGAUCGAGUAUGAACAGCAUUACCUCGCUGCGCUACCUACACCACUGAAGGAAGCAAUGCUGAGCUAUCUGUCAUUGUAUGGCAUUCAGGGCUGUCUAGAUAUGAAGUCCUUCAAGGUGUUGUUCUUGACCGACAGGGAUGUUAUAGGUGGCACCGGAUCCGACGACAUUAGGUUUCUCGACUUAACAGGCCUUCUACAUCAAAAUUAUACGCUCAGUGACCUCAACAGAUCCCUAGCGCCCUCGAUCUCUGGCACCACUCUAACAAAGGCAAUGGGCGGCCUCUCUGUAUCCCCGUCAAACUCAAAUAGAAAAGCACUAGUCUCGGUCGCAGAUUCCUGGGAAGAUGAAGCCGACGAAGCAUCGACUCCUCCUUUUCCAUCAACCCUUAGUGUACCCAUCUUCCCAAACCUGACCAGGUUGUCUUUAGCACAUCCCGGGUCCAACGCUUCCUGGACCGAUCUCCUCAACAUUUCCACCAAGCUCAACACACUCACACACCUCUCCCUUGCGUACUGGCCUACACCAUCCACAACCCCAAAUGCCGCAACCGCAUCAAUGGUCUCUAAGCAUGCCAAGCCCGUCGCGCUGGGCGGAAGCCACAUAUACUCGGAGCUUGACGACGACUGGCAUGAAGCAGCUAACAUCCUCCGAAGACUGAGCUUGAACACGUAUUGCCUGAAGUGGUUGGAUCUAGAGGGAUGCACAUGGCACAAGGCGUUGACGUGGAGCCUCCCAGACGAAGACGACAGACCAACCGGCAUACGACCCAACGGCAAAGACAAAUGGCCAAGAUGGGUAGAAGCACACUCAGGUCCGGGUCCCGAUUGGUGCGACGCUUGGCAGCAGAUCUCAUACCUCAAUCUCUCUCAAGGCUGGAUUCCGAAAGACCAACAUGCUAUCAUGACGAUGCCUGCCGGUAUGCUGCCAGUGGAAUUGUUAGGCUGGCUAAGAGAACACGAGCAUGAUGAGAAAGUGAGUGCAAUGCUGCGGGAUGCGGGGAGGCUUGAAACAGAGAUGUGGGUUGAGAGGGAGAAGGCAGUAAGGAUUGUAAGAGGGAAGAUUUUGGGGGAAAGGAAGAGGUAUGGUGGGAGUUGGUGUAAGGUGGAUUAUGGAUGGGAUUUGGGACAUCAUGAGUGGGAUCGUAGGGGUUGGUCAGAGGAUUAG